AUGGAGGCCUUUCUGGAAGCGUUUCAUCAUCUGAGACACUUCAACUUAGAAGAGAUAAAGCCAAUCACCAAUAACUUUGAUAACAAGAAAGUUAUUGGAGAAGGUGGAUUCGGGAAGGUGUACAAAGGAGUGCUCUCUGACUCUAAGGGGCAAACCAUGGUUGCUUUUAAGCGUUUGGAUAGCAACUGUGGGCAGGGAAAUCCUGAGUUCUUCAAAGAGAUCUUGAUGCUUUCCCGUUACAUACAUGAAAACCUCAUCUCUCUCCUGGGAUUUUGUGAUGGGGAUGGUGAGAAGAUACUUGCGUAUGAGUAUGCAUCUCAUGAAAGCCUUGAUCGCCACCUGAGUAGCAUGACUCUCACGUGGACACAACGUCUCAAGAUAUGCCUUGGGGCUGCAAGGGGGUUGUUCUACCUUCAUGAUCCCAAGGAGACACGAGAAAGAGUUAUCCACAGAGAUAUUAAAAGUUCCAACAUUCUGUUAGAUGAGAAUUGGAAUGCUAAAGUUUCGGACAUGGGACUCUCGAAAAUAGGACCCGCUAAUCGGUUGCAAUCCUUUCUUGCCACAAAUGUUGUCGUGUUGUGUGGGAGCCUAUGCUAUGAAACUAAGACUAAUCAUCCUCAAAGUUUAGUGCGAUGGUGGAAAAAGUGCUACAAGGAGAAGAAAAUGGAGGAGAUCAUCUUUCAUCAUUUGAAGCAAGACAUGGAUUUGAGGUCAUUAGAAACAUUUUCAGAAAUCGCCUAUCAAUGUUUGCAGAAAUCCCGUUCAGAACGGCCAAAGAUGUCUUACAUUGUGGAAAAACUUGAGGUUGCGCUUGGGUUUCAGCACGAGAUUUCUAAAAAAGAGAAGCUUUUUCAGGAGGGGGUCUCCAAAUUCGUGGAGUUUAAAGAGAUGGUUAACACUGUGGUCAACAAAGAGGAACUAGAGAUGCUUCUCUCCGAAGGAAUCAUCAUUAACGAGGGUAAAACGUGGUUCUCCUUAAAUAAGAAUGGGGAACACAUUGAAAUGAUAUCAGCAGAAUGUUUCGAACAUACUGCGGCUUUUAAUUGGGAUUAUGAUCCAUAUGGUCGUGAAACUAAAUCAAGAUUUGAAGGGCGCAAGCGAAGAGGAUCGUAUGGGGCAUUCAAAACACACGUGAGAACACAAUUAUUGUCGCCAUAUAUCACCUACAGGUUUAUCAGCAACACGGAAAAUGUUGAUCUUCAAGUCAAGUUCUAUUGCGUAACUGCAAUUGAAGCAGAAGGCAUAGAGUUUCAGCCCCUGGAGAGGGUGGAGGAUGAGAAGGAGGACAUGGACAUGCAAACUAUAUCACAUCCAGACACAUACUGGGAACAAAUAUUGCCAAAUGACUGGAAAGAGAUACUUAAGUUGUCAAAGUACCAUAGCCUCCGACUCAAAACCAAGAAGGAACUCUACUCUAUUCUUUGCAAAGGGUUUGCAAUCAACAAUGAUAAAGAGUGGUUUUUUCUUGCAAAAAAUGGGAAGAAAUGUCAUAUGCCAUCAGCGGAACUGUUCUUAAGAUAUGCAGAUAAGCAUUUGGAGUCGCGAUCUUUACCCAACUUAAGAUUAAGUGAAACAACUUUUGAUCAUGUUGACCUCUUUUGGAUAGAAUGCAGAUCCAAUAUGCUAUCACCUGAAACAACAUACGCAGCUUACCUUGUUUACAAAUUACAAGAAAACCAUUCUCGUUUUGAACCUCCUGUGAAAGUGUAUAUGCCAUUAACUUCGGGUGUGACUGAUCCAUGGUAUAUCUAUUUACUUAGUCAUCAAGCUCCACUUAUUAGGGAUCGGGUUUAUCAAAAGAAACGCCUUCCACAGCAAAGGAGCGAUGGUUGCAUGGAAGUUCAAGUAUAUGAAUUUCAAACUGACACUACCACCACUGCAAGGAUUACGAUACAUUUUGAAUCGAUGCUAUCUGAUAACAGGUCAUUUAAAGGGCUCACUGUGCAAGGCAUGGAGUUUAAACCCAUAUAGCUUCUGUUUUUAUGAUUGGAAAUGAAUUAAUUAUAACAGGUUCUCUUAUCUAUCAAUGAAUAGAUGAAUUGGUUUACUUUUUGUUGAAUUGAUAUAUACAUAUAGGGUAAAUAGGUAAAGGAUUUGCUUUUCAUCCCUUGACUUUGAGAAUCAUUGUUACUUAUUCAUAAUAAACUAGGAGAAUGCAUAUGCAUUACACAUGUUAUAAUUAUGUAAGUUACAAUUUUGACAAAUAUGUGCUCUUUAGAUUAUG